AUGCCCACCCUACACUCAUCAAUCCAGCCCACCACCAUUCCAGACGCAAAACCAGUCGCUCCAUCUCGUCAGGGGGCACGGGUAACUCAAGAGGUAUUGCCCUUUAAGGAAGAGACACUGAUCAUUUCUGAUUUCUCAAACAACUUUAUUGAGUUUCAAUUCGAGGAGAUUAGGCUCCGAGACUACAUGCAAGCUCGCAAUGGUUUGAAGCCUAAUGACACUCUGAUGAACCUCACUCUAGAUACAGCACUUUUACCACAAGGCGAUGCAACUGACACCCUAAGGCUAAUGAAUUUGCUGAACACCACGAACAUAUGGGACACAGACACAUUUCGUGAUAACUACUUUACUUCUACACUCACAUAUCGCAAUCUGACUGCCACAGAACGACCGGCUGAAGCUACGACGCCAACUGUCAGCUUCAAACAUCAGAUUGACCCACAAGAGCAACGUACGCUGGCAAAUAACACAAAUCGUAUGAUCUAUAACACAUAUAUGCGAUCACAGAACCAGUACACCGCGGGUAGCGCAUCCCAGCUUAAUACUAGUGGCCUUGAUGUGGACAGGUCGAUGAAUGCAACCGCCCAUCUGGACCUUACUACCUCUGCAAUAGCGUACAGGAACACACUCACGGAGAACAUAACGGCCUGCGAGCAGAUGAUGAACCAGCACCUGUCUCAGAACCUACUAAACAAGGGUAUGGAUUCUCAUCAACGAUUGGAGGCUGCAGGGCUCGACAGGCUCCACCAUGGAUCCACGGCCCGCACACAGAAGCAACCUGUACAGCAUAGUAGAGGCUUAACGGGGACAGCACCUAAUGUUACAAGUGCUGGCCUAAACACAUAUGCAGCUGCUCAAGGAUCUUCGCGGCCAUCAACUGCGAACUCUCGUGGCUCACUUUUCCAUGGAGCUGGGAUUAGUACAGCCAGUACUGCUGCCGCGGCAAACAGCCUGUCGCUGGCAGAGCAGGAGAAGAACUUGGGUGAAUCGUGGCGCUCUGCUCUCCAACCGGCUCUAGAGUCAUUCUAA